UCAUUUGAUGCAAAAUGCAAGGGAAAAGUGGAGAAAUCAGCAGAGUCAGAGACUCAGAGUCGUCGUCAAUAGAGAGAGAGAGAGAGAGAGAGAGUCUUUCGACGACAAUUUAAACUUGUACGGACCGGGACAGAACUUUCUUCUCUCUCUCUGACGGUGUCAGAUCUGCCAUGCGAAUCGGUGAAUAUCGGGAUUCCACUGCUUAGAUGGAGGAGGAAACGGCGGCGGCGGCUUACGAGCAGGAGGCUGUCUCUCUCGGCGGCAAGCACAGGAUCCUUGCUGACCUUGCUCGCGUUGAACAGGAACUCGUCUUCUUGGAGAAAGAGUUGGUAGAGGUGGAGCAGACAGAAAUUGUAUCAGCCGUGUGCGAGGAGCUGCUCUGUGUCAUCGAGAAAGGACCCGACCCUCUCUUGCCACUAACCAAUGGACCUUUGAACUUAGGAUGGGACCGGUGGUUUGAAGGACCUAAUGGAGGAGAAGGCUGCAGAUGCUUAAUACUUUGACUCAAGAGAGUAAUGAUGGUUUCUUGCUAAGAUAUCUUUUAAAAUGGGAUCCAAAAUGUUGUGGCCGUACUAGUUUCAGCACUUUGCCCCCAGAUAAAAAGAAAAAAAAAAAAGCGUACAGAUUAAUGAGAGCAUCCGGUUGGCAUAGAAUGUCUUAGUUGCACGUACGUAACAGUAGUAUAUGUAUAUGUAUGUGUAUGAGAUCUAAAUUUGACAUGCGAGCAAUGGAGUUUCUCAGCUUCCUAAUUCUUGUUGUAAGAAGAUGGAAUGUGCAUAGUGAUAUUUUGGGUGGGGGUAAUAAUUUGUACUAAUGAGAAAGUGGGUAGAUCUUGAAGACCCUUUGGUGUGUCUCCCAUUUUAUUUUGUAACUUUUGUCCACAGUUCACACC